AUGGCGCCAGUUGAAGUUAGCUUCCCCCCCGUGACUGAAUUCAGGGUAGCUCCUGAGGCCUAUUAUUCGUCCGGUUUGCGCGCGCGCUUCAUUCAUGAUGCGGAACGAACCGCUGUGAAGACUAAUAGCCCAACGACCUAUGCCAGAAUUGGGUACGACGUUGACGAGGUAGCCUAUAAGAAACGCGUCCAGGCCAGUCUUGCAGCGGGCAACUUACCCACCACUGUUCCUGCGGGAUGGCCCACUGGGUUGUCUGGCCCCUUGGUCUGGAGAACUGGAGAUUUCCCAGAUGAAGAAGAGUAUGUAUAUCAUCUGACCAAGGAGGACAAGGCAGAGAUAUUUAAAGCCUUGGAAAUAUUCAAAGGUCUUGGCCUCGAAGGUCAUGAAGUCUCGCAGAAAACUUUCCCUUUGUCAUCACUGGGAAGGGAGCUUGAGAAUGUCCGGAAUUCAGUGUAUGAAGGUCGUGGAUUUGCCAUAGUGCGAGGUCUUGACCCAGACGCGUACAAUGUUGAAGACCUCACCGUGGUGUACCUAGGAAUAUCAAGCUACAUCGGUGAGCGUCGCGGAAAACAGGACCAGCGCGGUUCAAUGCUGAUGCAUGUCAUCAAGCGCGGGGAUCAGGAGCGAGACGUCCAGUUCAGCGAGGACAAGCCCUUCCACACCGACACAGUCACCGACUGCCUGUGCUUGUUCACCCGCAACCUAUCUGAGAAGGGCGGAUGCAGCGUUCUUGCCUCCGCCUGGACGGUGUACAACGAGAUCGCAGCCACUCGGCCGGAUAUUAUCCAUACAUUGGCGCAGCCUAACUGGCCAUUUGACACAUUUGGUCGCUCGCCUCCUUAUUACACCCGCCCGGUACUUUUUUACCACCAUGCUAGACUCAUAAUGUCAUUCUCGCGUCGCUUGCUAGUGGGCCAUUUGCCAUUCGAAAAACGCUCCCCGGGAAUCCCCGGCCUCACAGAAGCUCAGGCGGAAGCCCUGGACAUGGUACACUUCGUUGCCCGCAAGCAUGAGAUCAAGCCUCGCAUCGAACGGGGCGAUCUUCGCUUCAUCAACAAUAUGGCCGUGUUGCAUAGACGGGAGGCUUUCGAAAACAGUGUUAACAAUGCCCGACAUCUCAUCCGUAUUUGGCUGAACAACGAACAAAUGUGCUGGAAGCUCCCCCGCCACUUGCAGCUUUCGUGGGCUCGUAUCUUCGAUGAUGACGAACGUGAGGAGCACUGGGACAUCGAGCCCCCUCGGAAGGAUGGAAAGAUUCUGAGAGUUGCUGGGUCAUGUGAUUAA